CGAGACGGGACAGCAGCAGGGUUACCAUCAUCCUCUUUGUCAGUGGUGAUUGAGUUCAGCUCCUUCACUAUUGGCGUCUGGAGCCUUUCUGUCUUAUUAUCACCAUAAAUACAGGCUAGUUGCGAGAUGGUGAAUUGAACCACAUGCGGCAAGUUAACCCUUUAUUCAAUAUACAAAAAAAAAACGGCUUUUGUUCACAUUUGGCAUGGCGAUCGCGCACGUAGCCACCGAAUAUGUCUUCAGCGAUUUCUUAUUGAAGGAUCCAACGGACGGACAGAGUAAUAAGUAUAAAGGUGUGCGCCUGGAGCUCGCUGUGGACAAAAUAGUCACGUUUCUUUCCGUGGGGCUACCUUUAUUUCUCAUCUCUCUCGCCUUUGCUCAAGAGGUGUCCGUGGGUACACAGAUCAGUUGCUUUGCUCCAACAAACUUCUCCUGGAGACAAGCAUACUAUGUUGACUCAUUCUGUUGGGCAGCAGUACAGCAGCAAUCUGAGAACACCCCACUAUGGUUACAUAAGUUUUUCCCAUACAUCCUGCUCUUAUUUGCCAUCCUCCUGUACAUCCCCGCUCUGUGUUGGAGGUUCACAGCUGCUCCACACCUUUCCUCAGACCUCAGUUUUAUCAUGGAGGAGCUGGAUCGUUUUUAUAAUCGCGCAAUUCGUCUGGCCAAGAAUCUGGCUUCUUUAGAUAGCAAGGAUGGAACUGAUGACUCUCAAAGUGCCUUGGACCUGACAGAAGGCUGCUUCAAAUAUCCAUUAGUGGAGCAUUAUCUCAAGACCAAGCGCUUCUCUCGCCGCCUCGUGGUCAGAUACUUGGCAUCUCGUGGUCUCACCCUGCUGAUUCUGCUGCUGGCCUGCAUAUACCUUGGUUACUACAUCCAACUGGCCUCCUUCACAGACGAGUUUCCUUGUGACUUGAGAAAAGGCUUACUUCAAAACGAUAGCUUUGUACCCUCAGCAGUGCAGUGCAAGCUCGUGGCAGUGGGUGUGUUCAGGCUACUCAGUUAUAUCAACCUGGUAGUCUACAUCCUCCUGGCUCCUCUGGUGAUCUAUGCCGCCAUCGGACCGGCACGGCAGAGUUCGGGCUUCCUCCAGCCUUAUGCUAUGCUCCCUGGGUUUGGCACUUUAGGAGUGAUUACCCCGGUUUAUAAUGAUCUGAGCAUUUAUUUACUGUUUCUGCAGGAGAAUCUGAGCCAGCUGAAGUCAUACAAGUGCCUCCAGGUACUGGAGUUGUUACAAGAAUCAAGUGAUGAGGGAUUUGACACCAUGUGCCUGUUGCAAACUUUGGGUCAAGUGAGGACAGAUGUGAUUGACGGUAAGAGGGGGACAUGUGUGCUCAAGAAUGAAGUGCAAGAAAAUACAGAACAAAAUGAAAAAUAA